AUGCCUAGUACGGCAGCAAGCUGGAAAGCAACGAGUGAAGCUCAAUGGCGAGACUCGCCGCGUACUGUCGAAUACUAUUUUCGAGACUUGCUAUCCUCAUUCUUCAAAGGCUCCGAACGUUGGCAGCAAUUGAACCCUUUGAGACUGCCCCUUCGAACUUGGCAAUUAUCCUGGGAGCUCACAUCAGAAUCUACGCUUGAUCCUUUGUCCAGUAAAGCCCCCCUUGCAUUCAACGGGAUCGAACUCUUUCGAACUGCCUAUAUGCGUCUGCUCCCUAAUUUCAACCCCGAUCGAGGGUUCUUCUUAGGUGAAUCGCAUUCUGGAGGAACCAGAAAUGGUUAUCUUAGGAGGUCACGGUACCUCACAAUUGCCAUUCUCUAUGCCGCCCAUGCUCUUAGUAUCCCGGUGCGGUUGGGAGUCGAGCUGAUUGCUCGAACUUAUAUACCUUUCUGGAGCAUCGAGCAUUCACUAUGCAGCUUUGACUGUGCAACACUGCUUAAUAUCUGGCUGAAAGGCCUUGUGAUAACUGUACACACGAAUGGGAUGGACGGACUAAAGAAAAGUGAAAAAUGGCUCUUGUCUAUCCUCACUGAUAUCAUCAAGGAGACUUCCUUCGCUCAGGCACUAGGUGACGUUGAAGGCGAAGCCUCUCGCAGUGAGCAAAUGUCCAAGACGGUCGUCCAUCUAUGGGCUCGAAUUUUCUCAGGUGCUCAUGUCUAUGAAAUUGACAACGUUGUCAAAGCUAGGUUCGACCGGUUGGCAGGUCUCAGUCAAGAUUGA